UCUACAUUUAAUGCACCACAACAGCAGCAAUACGACUAUCAUCAGCAACAGCAGCAACAGCAACAAAAACGACGAUCAAUCCGGUCAAGUCAACAUCAGCGUCAGCAGCAUUACCGUAUGCAAUAUCACGAAAGCAUGCGAGUCCAACGACUGCUUGGCAUGGUGUAUCAAUUCCAAAUGUCAACCGCGCACUCAGAAGAAGCCCUGUCAGCAUUCUGCAAGCAGCUGCAGACAUACCUAGAAUCGUGGGCCGAUCUCAAAAGAGACAAGCGCCAUGUGGUUCGGCACACAAAUAUGUCAAUUUUGUGUAACGGUCGCUCUAGCGUGGUGCGGUCAAAGCGGUGUCGACACAUCAUGGACGAUCAUUCCCGCUACCGUCACCAAAAGCAACACCAGCGCUCCCAUGACUUGGAGGAACCCCAACCGCAAAACACCUUUGACGCAUUGGAGCCACAAAUACAGCAAAAAUUAGACUCUGUUAAAGAGCCACUGCUUGUGCGCAUUCGUGAGUUGGAGUUAGCGUUGAAGGAAUGCGAGCGGGAAAGAUCUCAGGUGGAACAAGAGUUAAAUGCAGUCCAAAAUCAGUUCAGCCAAGCCCAGAGACCAGCAGAUUCCUCUGCGCCACCAUCAACAUCUAGCAAAGACGAAAACGACAACGACGAAGAAAGCUCGGAAAAAGUGGAGGAGCAGUCAGCAUUUAAAGUUGAGCAUCAUAAUCAACUCGAUACUCUAAUGUCUGUCAGACCAGCAUUGACGUCCGAAAGAUAUGCAGAUGAACAAUCUAGGGAGCAGGAGCGUCAAGCCUAUCACGAAGCACGCGCCAUGCUCACACGAACGCAGACAACCAUCGCAGAGCUGGAACUCAGGUUGGAAGUCGCCAACUCGCUAGCAAAAAAACAACGACAACAACAGCCACUACCAACAGUAGUAAAAUGCGACUGUCGACAAACCAUCGUCGCAGAGCGUGAUGCACAAAUACAAAACUUAGAAUCGACCAUUCAGCAUUACGAGGGUGAGCGGCAGACAUGGGAACAACAAGCUGCAGCACGAUAUUUUCAAGAGAAAGAAGCGUUCAAAGUCCAAGUAUCACGCCAGGUCCGCGAAUUGGCUGGAGCGCUUGCUGAACAAGAAUGUCAGAAUGAUGUGCUUGAAAAACGAAGACAGGAGGAUGCACUAACGAUUUCCCGGAUGGAAACUUUGAAACGUCAAGCAGAAGAAAAGUGCCAAAAGCGACUUAUUAAUUGGGAAGCCGAAGAGAAAAGCUUGCGGAUGACAGUAGCAACGUUGGAAGCUAAAAUUGUCAAGCUCGAACAGGACUCCCUGGUUUUGUACGCGAAGAAUCUCAAGUUGGCCCAUCAACUCGGUCAAUGGGCACCUUAAUUAUACCAUUCCUUUCCUCCUUUUUUCUUAGAUCUGCGCUAAGAGCUAAUAGAUGGUUCUUUAUGCUUUGUUCUUCUCCUUUCUUUUCUCUACCUACUACCUACCUACCUGUACCUUAAUCUAUUUUAUACCCUAUAAUUACCGUUAUAAUUCAUCGCAUUAUAUUGCAUCCUACAGCGCUAACGCGAAUACUUAAUAAAC